AAGUUGGUGCUUUUUGUGGAGGAGCACUGUUACGUUGGUAGCAGUGGACGUUGACUUGACAGGUGACAGCGAAAAUAUUUUUGACGUUUAUAAAUAAUUGAUUAUUUUUAAAACACCAUAAUUUUGUGAUAAUUGUACAAAAAUGGUAGUUCGUACCGCCCGCGCCCUUUAUUACAAUACUUAAAUAACCCAUUACGUAAACGCAAUUCACUCUAAGUAAUUAGUAAAAAUGCUAAAAAAUGAAAUUAGGUGAGUGUGCAAUGUGUAACAUGUCAGAGACUCGUAUUUGUGAAUUAAACCACAAUUUAAGAUUAUGUGUAUAUAACAUAAGUGCAAUAUGGAGUUAAAAGUUUGGGUCGAAGGAAUCCAGAGGAUAGUGUGUGGAGUGACAGAAACCACCACUUGUCAGGACGUGGUGUUCGCUCUCGCCCAUGCCACUGGUAAAUCGGGCCGCUUCACCCUCAUCGAACGGUGGCGGAAUAACGAACGACAGCUAGCUCCAAACGAAAACCCCUUGAAGAUCCUGAUGAAGUGGGGCGAGUACUCCAACGACGUGCAAUUUAUCCUCCAGUGGAACGACACCAACAAAAACCCUACCCCCGUAAAUAAAAAACCCCUAUCCGCGUCGUCCCAGUCCUCAGCCAAUAUCACCGUAGAAUCUCCCCAUAAAACCGCAGACAUACAAAAAUCUCUCACUUUUAAUAGCCACGUAACCAACUCUGAUAACGUAGGGGUGGUCAAAGGCGUCCCCCACGUCAAAACUGUACCUUUGGAAGUACGGGAAUCGCUCUCUAAUUCUCCCAGUAAUUCGCCUAAGAAAAGUAGUUAUAGUGGGUCUGAUAAAUCAGAUUCUCCUAGUCAACGAAUCGCACCCCCGUAUAAAGAUCCGCCGGCGCCGCCCCCUUACAGGGACCCGCCACCACCAGUUAACCAUGACAAAUACAAAAAGAACAUCCUCCAGGAUUCUAAUAAACCUCACAGCGAGAAGGAGCAUAGGAAUAAAUUGCAGGAGUCGGUUCUAUAUAACGCGCAAUAUAGGGAAUUAAUUGCUUUAAUUAAUUAUCAGAGGGAGAAGUUAUCCAAUCAACAAGCUGAUCUCACCAAGUUUGAUGCCGAAAUUGUGUUCUGGGAAAGCAAAGAACGCGAAAAACAGAUGCAGUUGGAGUACAUUCAACAAGAACUGGCGGCGGUCACGAACGCAACGAAAGUUAACCAGGAUCAGAUUCAAGCUUUAAACUACGUCGAAGAGGAGUGCGAAAUCGUGAAACAGCAAGAAAAGACUCUCAAGUCCGAAAUAACGUUGUUAAGGUCGAAAUUGGCCAACUGCGAGACGGAGCUGUUGCAAUGUAAGAAUAAAAUUCGUUUGGUGAUGGACGAGCUGCAGAUGGAGCAGCGGGCUCUCACCCGGCGCAACGAGUCCAGGAAGCAGAUCGAGAAGAGUCUUUUGGCGGAAAUGGAGAGGUUGCAGCGCGACAUCGAGUUGGCGAAGCAGAGCACGGAGUUGCACCACCUCACGGCUGAAACUCUGAAGAAAGAGGUGGCGGCUUUGGAGACCGCCAUCAUCGAGAAGAAGAAGCAAGUGGAGCUGUUGGUGGCGGAGAUGAAAGAGGCGAAUUUGCAGAGUUUGACGAUAGCCCCUCCGGAGGAUCUUCGGGCGAUUUUGGAGGGGCCGAACAAGUCAGGGAGCACCAGGAAGAUGAUCGGGUCGCCGCGGCAGCUGGAGAACGCAGUACCAACAAACAAGAACCCACAUGGGGUUUGGGUUUAACGUAGUCAUUAUUAGCUUACCUCAUAUGCGUAUUUGAUAAUAUUCAGUGUAUGUAUAUUCGUUUAGGCGCUAUAUUCGUUAGGAGUAAUGUGACGCAGAUAGGGGGCGUGUCGUGGAUGACGACUGACGUUGGUGUGACGUGAGUCAGGCGUCAUCCGCGGCUGCGCAGACCGUACAUUUCAAAAGCAUGAAAGGUGAGUUUUUAAAGUCUGAUAGUAUAUAUUUUAUAGUUCACGCCAUUUUAUUGAGUAAGUAAAUUAUAAAGUGUUAUUUAUUGUUAGGUGAUUGGAUAAUUUUUUACUUACACAUUUGUUACAUUAUUUAUGCACAUUUUAUGUUACACUGCCAUAUUUACCACGUGUGUAGGUCUUACAUCACAGCCACUCUUAAACCCAACGUUUAGUUUAGAACGCGUUGCCAUAUUUUCGAAAUCGGCAGAGAUAGUACAAAAUUGACGAGCUCGCUCAUGUUAGACAUAUUUAUUCAUAUUUUAAAACUUUCUAUCAAAUUAUAUUUACUUGCUAUGUCAAAACGGUAAGAAAAAAAAUACACACCAUAAUAAAAUAUAUAAAUUA